AUGUCAGAUAAUGAUAGUCCAUUCAUGGAUAACACACCCUCUACAUCGCCUGCGAAGAAGUCACAAGCGAAUAAUAGGGUCAGUAAACGUCCCAUUUCUUCAUCCUCUUCAUCAUCUUCACUACUAUCAUCUCCAGUAAGACGACCACGAUCUACAAAUGCUUAUACGGAUAGAUUUAUGCCUAAUAGGACAAAUAUGGAUUUGAAUACAGUGAUAUCAAUUGGCAGUACGUCGAAUUUAACAUAUGUAUCGCCCAUUACUUCAGAUAAUCAGAUUGAAUUUCAAAAAGAACGACAGGCACAUCAAACAUUUGAUACCAUUUUGAAGAAUGAACUUUUUGGCGAUAAAUUGUCGAAAGACUCGAAUGAUAAUGAAAAUAAUAUCGAACGUAUUCAUUGUACUGCAUCCCAGAGUUUAGAGGAGCCAAAUACUCCACCGAAGUCUAAUUCUUCUGACCAUUCAACAUCGUCGACCCCGGCCACACCCAAGAGGCUUACGUUUACGAGCACGGACAGUCUACAGAGACCAACGUCGAAUAAUGUGAGAGGUGCCAGUUUAUUUACAUACCGUGAAAGAAGUGCAACACGCAAUUCUACUGUUUCGAUGUUGCAGCAACAGUUUAUGAAUUCUAUUUCACCAGUGAGGCCCGACUCCCAAAGGUUAUUGCUUUCUCCCGGAAAGAGGUUUAGAGAUAUAGCCAAGGUUCCAUAUAGAGUGCUUGACGCACCAUCUUUGGCAGAUGAUUUUUACUACGAUCUUAUAGAUUGGUCUAGCACAGAUAUGUUGGCAGUAGCUUUGGGGAAGACUGUCUUUUUAACAGAUGAUAACAGUAAUGAAGUAAUUCAGAUGUGUGAAACUGACCUUGAAUAUACGAGUUUAAGUUGGGUUAAUUCGGGAUCACAUUUGGCAGUAGGGUUAAGCGAUGGAAUUGUAGAAUUGCAUGAUGUCGUUAAAAAAAAGUGUAUUCGGACUUUAUCUGGUCAUUUGGAUCGUGUCGCAUGUCUAUCCUGGAAUCACCACAUCCUUAGCUCAGGGAGUAGAGACCAUAAGAUAUUACAUAGAGACGUGCGCAUGCCAGAGCACUACUUUGAGCAAAUAAAUACGCACUCACAGGAGGUUUGUGGAUUGAAGUGGAACGUCGAAGAAAACAGAUUAGCCUCUGGUGGCAACGAUAAUAUGGUGUAUGUCUAUGAUGGGCCUUCUAAGAAGGCCCUUUUGAGAUUUUCAGAACAUACUGCUGCUGUUAAAGCAAUGGCUUGGUCACCGCACAAACGUGCAACAUUAGCCACCGGUGGUGGUACUGCUGAUCGAAAGUUAAAGAUAUGGAACGUUAAUUCGGGAACAAAGUUGAAUGACACAGAUACAGGUUCGCAGAUUUGUAAUAUGGUUUGGUCAAAAAAUACUGACGAAUUGGUUACUUCUCACGGAUAUUCCAAAUUUAAUUUGACUCUCUGGGAUUGCCCAAACCUAGAACCGCUAGCGGUAUUGAAGGGACAUAGUUUUAGAGUGUUACAUCUAACGUUAUCUGCCGAUGGCACUACAAUAGUAUCUGGUGCAGGUGAUGAAACUUUGAGGUAUUGGAAAUUAUUUGACAAGUCGAAAUCUAGUGGGCAGCCAGAUUCAGUAUUGACCUCUGCAUUUAGUAAGCUACGAUAA